CGAGACUUCGUGUCGGAACAGCUGACGGUGCAGGCGAAGGUGCGACGUCUCGAGCUGUUAGCCUUUUUAGCGAGUUAGCCUCCCGAAACAUUAUUUGACUUUUCGUCAGCGUGUCGGCGCCGAUAAUCAUCACACCAUGGCUGAGACUGACCCCAAGUCUGUGCAGGACCUCACUAACGUGGUCCAGACUCUGCUGCAACAGAUGCAGGACAAGUUCCAGACCAUGUCAGACCAGAUCAUCGGCAGAAUCGAUGAGAUGAGCACACGUAUUGACGACUUGGAGAAGAACAUCUCUGACCUGAUGACCCAGGCGGGUGUGGAGGAGAUCGAGGCACCACCAGAGAAGGCGAAAGAGGGUCCAGGGUCAUAAUGAAGAUAACGAGGUGUGAAGUCGGUCCCGACUCCGGGAGCAGCAGACUCUCAUCCCUGGAAAUGACUUCUAUUGAUUUGUUGUUGUGUGAAAUGCUUUUUUUUUUAUAUAUAUAUUGAAUAUUGUGAUACACGGUUACAGUUGUGUAAUGACUUGGAAAGCUGAACAUUAUUUGUAGGCUAGAAUAGUGUGACGAGCCCUCUGGAACUUAAAAUGCUCACAUGCAGGAAUGCAACUUUGGAUUUUAGUGUGACGACUUGGAGGUUUCUUUUUUUUUUUCCAGCUGCCCUCGUUUGUCGUAGUUAAUUCGGUCCCGUGAGGCGAAGGCCGACGGGGACGGCUUUGCUCAAGCCUGUGCUGAGAAGUGUAACCGGCCGGCUGACAGGCCAGUAGAAGCUCCGCCCCCACCACCACGAACAUCUGAAGCCUGCAGUGUUUUACAAGCAGCACCGUUAACGACCAAGAUGUUGGAUGCAUUCCAGUUCUGAUUUUCUUCUAUUAAAACUAUUUAAUACGA